AGGUCGAAGAUCCAGUGCCGGCCCGACCCUCGAUGCCUUGGAGACGAGGCGAUAAGCCCCGUAAGCGAAAGGAAAGGACGAGCUAGAAGCAGAGGAGAGGAAGCCCGACAGCAAAAGAAAAUGGCGCUAAGCCUCAAAACCCCCUUCCUUCCCGCGAUGAGGAGGCCCACCUCCACCUCCAAACUCCCUCAACGCCUCGAGGUGGGGAGGUUUUCGUGCCGGAAGAAGGGAGUGCACCCGGAGUUCUACGAGGACGCGCGGGUGUACUGCAACGGCGAGCUGGUGAUGACCACCGGCGGGACCCAGCCGGAGUACACGGUGGACGUGUGGUCCGGGAACCACCCCUUCUACCUAGGGAAUCGCUCUGCGCUCCUCAUGGAAGACGACCAGGUCGAGAAGUUCCGAAAGAAGUACGGCCAGCUCUCCUCUCUCAUGGAAAUCCCCGUCCUCAAGGGCGAGAUCCUCCUCCCACCCAAGAAGAAAUCCGCCUCCGGCAAGGGCAAGGGCAAAAAAUAAAACAACGCACAGGAUUGGCUUGUUUAAGGUUAGAGUCAAGCACAUGGUGUUGUUAGUGGUCCUUGGAUAAUUGGUUAGUGAUAUGAAUGAAAACUACUUACUAUGAACUGUGUCUAAACACAGUCUGUGGCAGUCAUAAUGGCUCUUCUUCAAGAAUUAUUGCAGGAUUCUUGCAAUUAUAAUCUUAGAGUUGCUCCUUUGAACUAUCAGAUUGUCGACAUACCCCUGAUGGAAUCUCACAGAUAAUUCAGAGUUGGAAGUUGUCCAAGAUCUUGUUAGCUGGAAAAGGGAGCUUAUCUUAUCAGGUAUCGUUGGUUCUUGGUCUUAAGUUUUAUACUACCCAAAGCCACUCUCGCUAAAUUGUUGUUGUUACAGCUGUGUGAAAGUUUGAUCGAUGAUAUAACAACAUUAGGUUCUGAACCGUACCUUAGUCAUGAAGUUGGUAGAUUUACUGGUGGUUGGCUCCAAAGCAGAUGGAUGUUGGAUUGUGUGGGCUAGCGUGCUGCUGUUUUUCACUGUUUUAUUGUGGGUGUGCAGUGCCUGCUCCCACCUGAAAAGUGCUAAAACUAUUGUUGGAGUCCAGGAGUCCUGUGAAAGGAUUGGAGAGUAAAUCCUAAGCAAUAGGCUUAGAAGGACUAUUCUAUUCAUCAAAAUCUGUUAUGGUGUUUGCGGUGCAGGAUUUGUGUGCUGUGUUGGAGUUUAGAAAAUUUAGUAAGAGGGCAUAUUCAAAGAAUCUGACACGAUUUCAGUUUGUGGGAUAAUGAACUUGAGGUUUCAGCUGCCUGCUGAGAAAAGUAAAGGGAAAGUUACAUAAUGAACUUGAGAAAUCUUGUAAAGGGGGGAGGAAAGGAGAAAAAUGAAGGGUCAAUAUUUUCUUUAAAGCCAUAAUUUUUCUUUCCGGGCUUUUAUGCAGCAACUUUGAUGAACAUUAAAGAAGAAAUGCUGGUGUUUCAGUCUAUUUCACCCAUUUCUCAACUAAUGUGUCUGGAUGGCUACCAGAUAAGGGAAAUUCGUCAUUCAUUUCCUCAGUAAUCACACAGCUAAAGGCAUGGCGCAACUGUAGGUUCUGUGAGAUUGUGUUUGGACUUGCUUUUAGGCUGUCUGGGUCGAACACAAUCAAAGACAAAUUAGAAACUCUGAUAUCCUGUCUAGAAGACCCACUUUGAAAUCUUGAAUAAGGACCAUUUAAGCCAAUGUCAAGCUGGUUUUGAUCC